GCGCGCAUCCAGAAGUGUUGCCCGCCAGGCCAGAUGAUACAGCCGCUCAGCAACUUUCGGUACGAGUGCGUGCCGGGGAACCGCGAGCUGAAGAUCGAAACGAUCGAAGCGCACUUCUACGGCAACAACGAGUGCAUCGAGGUGGGCGACGAGCCGGUGACGCUUCCCGUGGUGUCACAGGACCUAUGCCACGACGCACCGCAAGCACUAAUGUACAGCGCGGACCAGGGCGACGAGCUGUUUGUGAUGCAGAACGGGUCCCUGCUGGUGCUGGAGUACGGUUCGCUGGUGUCCAUCUUCGACAGUUACUGCGUGGAGAUGACCAACGAUGCCCGGCUGCUGGCGAAGGUGUGCGAGGAGGUGCACGAGCCCCAGAUCGCUUUCCUAGGUGUGAUCAUCGCGAUUGGCGUCACGGUAGCGAGCCUGGUGCUGGCCAUUACCGCGCUCAGCUACACGUUCGUGCCAAAGCUGAAUGACACGUUCGGGUACCUUAUCGCGGGCCACGCCAGUACCUUCGCCAUCGGAACGAUAUUUCUCGGCCUAGCUCGGUGCGGUGACCAAUGUGUCGGCGAAGGAACCAACGCCGUCGUCGUGGAACUGUUUGCCAAUGCGUUCCUCGGUACCUCGGUGUUUAUGUUCUUCCUGAUGAACGUUCUCAAUACCGCCUACGUUGCAUACUACAUCCCGAAUGGGCUUGAGUACGAUGGCCAGAACAAGCGAGACGUUUACGUAUUCAUCGGAGUGCUCUACUUGAUCAGUCUAAUACCGUUGGUGCUGCUGCCAAAAGGUGGACUCAUAUCGAUCGUAUUCAUCUACUAUGCUGGGAUCGCCCUAACGCACGCCCUUUCGACCUACUACACGAGACGUCUGACCUCGGGCAUCUAUCUGCAUAUCAACGAUACCGCGGUCAGCGGUCAAACGAAAAUUAAUCACGCGCGAUUGAAUGACAUAAGCAAACAGACCCGAUUGUGUCGCAUGGAGGCCGGCUUCUCGGUCGUGUGCUGGGUCGCUUUCGCGGUGCUGAUGCUGGCCAGCAACAUGACCGACUUCCCGCGGAUCGCCGCCGUCUAUAGCAUCGUGGUGCAGGGUCUCUUCGUUGGCGUGGUGUUUGUGGCCGGCAGCCAGAAGUGGAUCAUCAUCCGUGAGUGCUGGAGCAACUCGGGCUCGGCCGAUCUGCGCGUGCUGGAGAACGGUUUCGAGAUGAAGCGGCUACGGCACCACGACGACGCCGGCGACCGAGUGGCUAGGUUCUCGUAGUGGCCGUGCCAGAAGCCUCUGUUCGCCAUUUGCUACAAUCUGUGAUGUUCGCGAGGAUGAUAUUUUUGCCGCGGCGAGUUCGUCGCCAGGUGUCACGCCGUGAAAACUUAAACCGCGCCACCCGAAUACGUAUGUCGAUUUAGGGUAGAGAGAGGGGAGAGAGAGUAGAGAGAAGUUACCAAAUGCCGUGCCGAACGCCGGGUUGCGAUUGAGGUGCGAGCAACACCACCCCCCAACGGAGAUCCUCUAUCGUGUGCCAAAAAAGACAAGGACGAGUGCCAGUUCGCAGCAACACAGUUCAUCACGGGUGUCACACAAAAAAACUCCUAGCACGUCUUGUAUAUUUAUAAAUUUGUCGAAAUGUAGUCAACGAACACUUUUUUAUACACUUAAGGAACGAAGA